AUGUCUGCACAACCAGCCUACGCUGCGUACGCUCGAACGGACGAGCGCAUGGCGGAUAUGGUCACCCCAGACGGCCAUGGAUACGCGGAGCCCAUGUUCAACGAGCCCGCCUUGGAGCCGUGGAUGGACGGCGUGCUAGACGAGAGUCUGAUGGCUGCUCCCAGCUCCUGGGACAACUUCGACUCCUUCGACUCCAUCGACUCUAUCCCCGUCGGCGUCGACGCGGCCCUGGCGCACGCUACACCCAACGCCUUCGACUCCCUGCUCGCCGACUGCUCUCUCCCGCUUGACGGCCAGGCCGCCAGCAGCAGCAGCAGCAACUUCACCGUUUCUCCGGAUGCCCUGAACAUCUCGUCGAAUCUUCCACUCUACCCCACCAACGAGAUGGCGUUCAAUGCCAGCUCGUUCGGCUCCUUCGAGGCCUCCUUCGAUGCCUCCCUGGCGGCCGUGGAGGCGGCCCCAACCCCGGCUAGAGAUCACUGCCAGCUGGCCUUUGAGCAGGUCGCCUCUGCCUUCAAGGAUCUCGCCCGUGCCAGAGCCGCGGCCGACCCACGGCCGAUCUCUCGCAAGCAGAAGCAGAGAGACGCCUCUAUUGCUCUCUACCUCGAUCUACGGAAUACCUGCAACGUGGCCGAUGCCGUAGACGAUUCAGCCUCCUGGUUCGACCCCGCUCAGGUGCCAAUGUCCAGCCAACGCAGCUCGUCCGGUGGCAGCAGCUUCUCCACCAGCAACGGGUUCUCCUCUUCCAGCUCGCCCUCGGAGACCUUUGUCGAGUUCUAUUCCCAGCCCCAGUCCAGUCGAUCUUCCGUGCCAUCACGGUCUCCUGCCACGGAGCCAUCCCGCUCCCAAACUCAAUCCCAGCAACCCUCCCCUCCCGCUCCUCAUCCCGGCGGUGUUGAGCUCGUCAUGGAUCUCAACAUGAACGCCGCAACCUCCCUCCCAAGAAGACAUCGUCCACGGACGGAAACCCAGCGUCAGCGAUACCUCGCUGUCCGCAACCAGGGUGCUUGUGAAAAGCACAAGAAGCAACACAAACGAUGUACAUGCGUUGAUAGAACGAUUCCGGCUACCACCACAGCCCUCCAAACGGGCACCGGCCCUGGUACCAAGCUUGGCGUUAGGCCAGGCGCCAAUGGCGUCAAGUCGACGUCGCUUCGGCGUAGCAAACCCGGUACCGUCGGCCGCGCCUCCCUCUCACCCACGUCCGGAGAGGAUAUCUGGCCCGCACUGCGCCAUAAUGGCACAGCCCUGGCUAGGAAUGACAGAGUCGGCGGCAUUGGGAACAGUGACGCUGGCAGGACCAACGUAUCAUCCGAACGACUGCUACAGAAACAAGGCGGACUCGAUCACGCCCACGCACCAGGCCAUGAUAUAGGCAAUUCUCAAGACACUGGCCUAUCACAGUCCGGAGGCUCUUACGGCGGUCGAAACUCUCCUAUGCCAGUAACCACCAGUCCGAAGAGGACAUGCAAAGAAGGCUCGGUUGAAGUCCAGGGACGUCUCCCUGACAAUUCUUCACGCUGUCCUCGUCCGGGUUGCUCCGACAGCACGUCGCAAGACAGGAGCAUAGCGGACUACCACGCACGCGAUCAUAUUGACAGCGUACUUUGGAAUACGGCCAACCGCAGCCUCUUCAGCCGAGACCCGAAACCCGCCACCGUCAGGAACUCUUCAAUGUUCCUAUUCCCCGAUGGAACGAAUCGAACGCCAGAAACGACAGAGCUGCUCUAA